UCCUCCUCGGGUUGCACGUGCAGUUGUUGUGGUUCCGUCUCACGUGACCGCGGAAGCGCCGCAGCUACGGGCCCGCCUCCAAGAUGGCGGCGCCCAGUGAAUGGGGUUGCGACCUGCUUCUGCUCAGCCUCGAUUUAUAACCGUGGAGGGUCUGCGGGACCAUGGAGAGGCCCGGAUUCACGGCUUCGCUGGUGGCUGGUGGGGUAGCAGGUGUUGCUGUUGACUUGAUAUUAUUUCCUCUGGAUACCAUUAAAACCAGGCUGCAGAGUCCACAAGGAUUUAAUAAGGCUGGUGGUUUUCGUGGAAUAUAUGCUGGUGUUCCUUCUGCUGCUAUUGGAUCCUUUCCUAAUGCUGCUGCUUUUUUUAUCACCUAUGAAUAUGUGAAAUGGUUUUUGCAUACUGAUUCAUCUUCAUAUUUAAUGCCUGUGAAGCAUAUGUUGGCUGCCUCUGCUGGAGAAGUGGUUGCCUGCCUGAUUCGAGUUCCUUCAGAAGUGGUUAAGCAGAGGGCACAGGUAUCUGCUUCUUCAAGAACAUUUCAGAUUUUCUCUAACAUCUUAUAUACAGAGGGCAUCCAAGGAUUGUAUCGAGGCUAUAAAAGCACAGUUUUAAGAGAGAUUCCUUUCUCAUUGGUCCAGUUUCCCAUGUGGGAGUCCUUAAAAGCCCUCUGGUCCUGGAGGCAGGAUCAUGUGGUGGAUUGUUGGCAGUCAGCAGUCUGUGGAGCUUUUGCAGGUGGAUUUGCAGCUGCAGUCACCACACCUCUGGAUGUGGCAAAAACAAGAAUCACGUUGGCAAAGGCUGGUUCCAGCACCGCUAGCGGCAAUGUACUCUCUGCGCUGCACGGGGUCUGGAGGACGCAGGGGCUGUCAGGAUUAUUUGCAGGUGUCUUCCCUCGAACGGCAGCCAUCGGUCUGGGAGGUUUCAUCUUUCUUGGUGCUUAUGAGCAAACCCGCAGCUUGCUGUUGGAACUUGGCAGGGCGAGCCCCUGACUCCAGGACGGUGCCCCAUGCUCUGCUCUCAGGGAAGGGGACACCGUGCGAGCAGCUGCAGUCGCCAGGCUCCGGUGUGCGAGGACCGGAGCCCCGGCCCUGGUGGUGCCCUCCUCUCAGACCCCCGUAAUAAAUCCAUGUGGUGAUGCUG